AUCUGUUUGUCCUCGUGGCCUGAUGAUGGGAAGAGCUUUCUCCUGGAAGUUGCAGGCGAAUCCCUCUCUAUUGCAGCUUCGAGUGCAUCUUAGUCUCUUGGGAGGUGGAAUGGACCCUUGAAUCUUGAGUGCUUGAUUGAAGGAUGGUUUCGAUUGCUGGCUUUCUCACAAGUAAUUGUCUCACUGUAGUCUUCUUCUUGGUUUCUAUUUCUUGGCUUAUCCAAACGUCAGAGUUGGGAUUUUGGGUUUUGAUUCCUAAAAAAACAAAUAAUAAUUGAAGGCGGAAGGUGGUGGUGUGACCAUGUGGUAAUGGUUGUGGCCUUGUGGUGGGGUGGGUUGGAGAUAGGAAUUAUAACUUCCUGCAGUUGCAGCUUCUGUAUCAAGAGCUUCUGACGGAAACCCAGAAUAAAAGCAGCAAGCUUUGAAAGCAAAAGACCGUUUUUCUGGGUAGGUGGUGAUGUGGAGAAUGAUGGGGGCAUGCACAAAUCCAAGCUGAGGAGAAAAUGAAUUUGCAGCAAGUAUUACUACCCAAGUCAUAUGCUAAUGGAUUUGGUCGUAGAAGAGGAGGUGAUAGAAAUUUCAAGACUAGGCUGGAAAAUAAGUUGCAGUCCAGCAAAUUCAACCCUGGAAGAAUACCAAAUGCAGGUGAGAUGUCUGUAACCUUUUUCUUUGUCAUUUUCUUUACUACUCCCCAUCUGAUAUUUACUUGGUAUUGGUGUACCAGCUGGUGGCAAGGUUGGAUGUCCUUCCCAUGAUUGUUUAGUAUAUAUAUUUGGUGACAUGUCUUAUUUUAGUUUUUACUUUCUCUAGUUUUGCUUUAUGGGCCAUUGAGUUUUUUCCCAAAGUUCUUGUUGUAUACAUAUCAUAUUGGUUUGAAUCAUGUCAUUUUGCUGUUAUGAACUGGAAUCAGUUUGAGAGAAAUGAACUUCUUUUUGAGUAAACGUACCUUCAAUGUUGAACUACCAUAUACAACGAAGCUUCAAAAAGGUCCUCAUAUGAGAGGGUUGGAAAGGGAAGCAAUGAGAAUAGCCAGAGAGAUUGAGGGUGAAUAUACCAAGGACCUGCAUUUAGCAGGGAAAGAGGCCUUCAUCUUCACAAUAACUUUGAUAUUGAUGAAGAGGCCAGACUCUCUUCAGUGUACAGGGUGGAAGGGUUGAUGAUCGUUGAUGUGAAGAAGAUGAGGAGAUAGUGUUGGAUUCACACAAUAUGGAAACUUUUGGAGGUUCAUCUGCUUCUGUUAGUAACAGGCCUACAGAUUUCAGCAGUUUAAAAUGCAGUUAAAGAGUUGUGCCAUCAAGCUCUUCCUUAAUGGAUGAGACACCAUCUUCACAAUCUACAAGUGUUGUGGAUAUAAACCUGUCUGGCUCUAAUGAUCUUGCUAGACAGCCGGCGUCUGAAGUUCCUUUUAGAAGUACCUCUAACAGUGAAAGCAGUUAACUGAGGAUCCUAACUUGUCAAUCCCAAUGGGUGAGUUCUCUUCUUUCUUUGAAUGCUAACUAGAUGCUUUCUCCAACAGCCAUUGAAAAUGUAGUAGAGCCUAUUUUCUUGCAAACAUUCAGUAAGAUAAAAUGCAAUACAUGUGCUUAUGGAUGGUGACUGCAGAGCAAUUUCUAAUGCAGGUUCUCAAUCAUUAUUAAUUAACAAGACUAACAGCUGCAAUAGAGUAGAGCCAUCUGCAAACACAACUACUUCUGCUGUGGUGCAUGCUUCAUCAAAGGCUGGUGAAAACUCAGUCUGAAUGAAGUCUCAGAAGACCCUGCAUCUAGCAAAGUGCCCGGGAAAGUGCAGUUGGUAGAUUCUUGUGGACAAGAAGGUUGUUCUACGUCAUCCAAUUCAGAUCAUAUUGGUGGUGCUGCUGUUGUCUCAGCUUCCAGUUGUCCUGGCUUAUCUCCAAGCUCAUCAGGGGGUUCAUUACCCUCUGAAAAGUCAACCCUAAAUCUCCAUGCAAAGGAACUCAAACUCAAUCCUAACGCAAAGAGUUUCACCCCAUCACAAGCAACCGUUUGGCCUCCAUCACCUGUAUCAGAUGGUUCCUUCUAUCAUCCACCCAGUCUGUCUCCUGUAACGCAUAUGCAUGGCAUACCUGUUGGUUUUGGGGUAAGUGUUUCUAUAGGAGUAUACAACUAGAUUGUCGCAAUACCAUUUUUUCCCCCUCAUUUUUUUUAUUGGAUAUAUAAUUCUGUAAGUCAGUGAGCCAUGCUUGUGGAUUGAGCUUUUAUUUAAUU